AUGUCCAAGUCGCGGACCGCAGGGGGAGCAGAGGGAAGUCAGAGAACUCCAGAGUCUGAGGCUCUCUGUCAUCUGCACGGUGAGAAACUCCAUCUCUUCUGUCAGGAGGAUCAGCAGCCUGUGUGUUUGGUGUGUCGAGAUGCUGAGACACACAAUAAUCACAAAUUAAGACCCUUAUGUGAUGUGGCAUUUGAAUACAAGUGCACUCUGGAGGAUCCAAAAAUUUUUUCAGGAGUUCUGAUUGAUGUGGCAAAACACCUGUUCAACCUUAAGUUCAGAGUCUGGGAGAAGAUGCAGUGUGUGGCUGAAUAUGCUCCUAUAAAUCUGGAUCCCAACACUGCACACCGAAGUCUCAUUCUAUCUGAGGAUCUGAUGAGUGUACAAUACAGUGAACAGGGGCAACAGCUUCCUGACAACCCAGAGAGAUUUGAUGAGCACCAGAGUGUCUUGGGCUCUGAGGGCUACACCUCAGGGAUACACUGCUGGGAUGUGGAGGUUGGAGACAACCCACACUGGGAACUGGGUGUGAUGUUAGAUUCUGCCAAGGUUAAGGGAGAGGAUGAGGAUGAGUACUCAACCAGUCGCUGGAUUCUGUAUUAUGCUAAUAAUGAAUAUGGCACCGAGCCCCUCAAACCCAUCAAAGUGAAACAGAAACCCAAAAGGAUCAGAGUGCAACUGAACAUGAACAAAUCAAGGGUUUCAUUCAUUGACCCUGAUAAUAACACACAGUUGCACACAUUCACACAUAGGUUUUGGCUUUGGAACGACGAAAAAAAAGUGUUUCCCUAUUUUAAAACAAUGUCUUCUCUGAAAAUCUUACCAAUGAAGGAUUCAGUUGCAGUUACAGUAGAGCAGCCCAGUUAG